AUGUCUCCAAAAUGCCCAGAUAGACUGCUACCAAAGAUCCAAUGGAAGAAUCAGGACCAAUAUGUUGACUAUGGGAAGAAGCUCAAUCUUAAUCAGAUUGGAGCAACUGUCCCAGCUACUGUUCCAGCUAUAGUUCCUGGAGCUUCAGCGUCCACAAGUGGAGCAUCAAGUGUUGCGGGAAGCAUUAACACACCUUUGCGACUUGCUGGUACUACAGGUAAUCAAAUGAUGCAAGUUCCUUCUGGAAUGCAGCUCAUGCAGAUUCCAACUCAAGGUGGCAGCACUGUUACUGUCCCUUAUUCUAUGAAUGCUAACGGUGAGAUUGCGUUCCGUGGAAUGCAACUCAGCCAACAAGGCUUCAGUGGUGCUCAAGUACGCCAAGGAUUCAAUGCAACUCAAGCUCAAACUCCGCAGGUUGUAAAGACUGGCAAUUGCAAUACGUCAAAUGUCUUCCACGAUGCUAUCAAGGGAAAGGAUGAGAAUGGCAACGAUGUCUAUCUUAUUCCAUGUCCUGCUGGUACGACAAAUGUUGAACUUCAAGCCGACUGGCACUAUGCUAGUGAAAAUGAAGAUUUGCCUGAUCUUGCUACUGAAGCAGAUCGAGGUCUGCAGCUCUUGCACAAUUACCCUACAAAGUGGUUCCAAAGGUGA